GCAUAGUUCGCAGUAGGUUUUUGAAAAUUACCUCGUGGGAGCAUAGAAGCAUAGACGUUGCGUCGGCCCUAAGCUAAAAGAGCUGGCCGCUGAACGGUUGAUUCCAACGCAGCGGGGAAUCCAAGUCGCCGUAACUGAAGUCGCGGUGUCAAACGGAGAGCUUAGCUUGGCCUUUAUAUAUUAGCUCCGCCGCUGGUUAGUCCUCCGUCGCUUCUUCGGCGUUCACUGUUCCUGCAGCUCGAUACAAUUCCAAUGGCUGACCCCGCAUCGACCACGACCACCGCCGUCCCGACGGCCACCGCUCCUCAGAACCUGCCGUCCGAAGUUAAACGGUCCUGGGGCGACGAAGUGGACGAUCUUCCGGGGGAACCCGAUGCUCCUUCAACUUCGUCGGCCGACAAGGCUGUUUCGGAGCUCAACGUCGAUGCUUUGUCGAUUGAUAAGACCAAGAAAAGUAGCGAGUUUCUUGAUGAGCCCGAGGAGUCGAACAUCACAGCUGUUACAUCGGAUGAUACACCAUAUACCUCGGCAAAAAAAUUUGAAGACUUGAACUUGUCUGAGGAGUUGUUGAAGGGUUUGUACGUGGAAAUGAGAUUUGAAAGGCCUAGUAAGAUUCAGGCUGUUAGUUUGCCUAUGAUUCUGACUCCUCCGUACAAAAAUUUGAUUGCACAAGCACAUAAUGGUUCUGGGAAGACAACUUGCUUUGUCCUUGGCAUGUUGAGUCGUGUGGAUCCGAAACUCAAUGCUCCUCAGGCGCUCUGCAUUUGCCCUACAAGAGAGUUGGCUAUUCAGAAUUUGGAAGUUCUUCGAAAGAUGGGAAAGUAUACAGGUAUAAGUUCGGAAUGUGCUGUGCCAAUGGACAGUACUAAUUAUAUACCCUUUGCAAAGCGGCCACCAGUGACGGCCCAAGUUGUGAUCGGCACCCCUGGUACUAUAAAGAAAUGGAUGUCAGCCAGGAAACUGGGUACAAGUUAUGUGAAGAUUCUUGUUUUUGAUGAGGCUGAUCACAUGUUAGCUGAGGAUGGCUUUAAGGAUGAUUCCUUGAGGAUAAUGAGGGAUAUUGAACGAAGUAGCAGUCACUGCCAGGUGCUUCUAUUUUCUGCUACAUUCAAUGAAAUCGUCAAGAAUUUUGUUUCUAAGAUAGUCAAGGAUUACAAUCAAAUGUUUGUUAAGAAAGAAGAGCUAUCUUUGGAAGCAGUGAAGCAGUACAAGGUGAAUUGUCCUGAUGAACUUUCCAAGAUUUUAGUGAUCAAGGACAGGAUUUUUGAACUAGGAGAGAAGUUGGGGCAGACAAUUAUAUUUGUUCGCACAAGAAAUAGUGCAAGCAUGUUGCACAAAGCACUAACAGAAUAUGGUUAUCAAGUCACUACUAUUCAAGGUGCUCUUAGGCAAGACGACAGGGACAAGAUAGUCAAGGAAUUCAAGGAUGGAUUAACGAAAGUUCUUAUAUCAACUGAUCUUCUUGCCCGAGGUUUUGAUCAAUCACAGGUUAAUUUGGUUAUCAAUUAUGAUCUUCCAGUGAAGCAUGAUUUUCAAUCAGAGCCUGACUAUGAGGUUUACCUGCAUAGGAUUGGUAGGGCAGGACGUUUUGGCCGGAAGGGGGCUGUGUUCAAUUUACUAUGUGAUGAUAGGGACCAUAUGCUUAUGUCAAAGAUUGAGAAGCAUUUUGGGAGCCAUAUAGCAGAGGUCCCUUCCUUCAGAAGUGAUGAGGAUUUUGAGGCCGCCUUGAAAGAAGCUGGUCUGCUUUAGAUCUUCGUGACAAUUUCAAGGAAUAGGACAAACACAAAGCAGUUUCUUCCUAGAGAACUACCCCUCCGGAUUUCAUUUUUGUUUUUACACUGUAUAAUCUGUUUGAUAGCAUAUUUUCUGGCUUGUCGUAACAAUUCUUUACCUCCUGUCCAAUUUUCAUGCUUUUCCUCCUGGAAGUCUUGAGGUCGUCGUAUCAAUUAAUAAUUAUUGUAGUAAAGCAUAGUGGUUUAGUGUUGAUACUCAUCGAAGCGGGAUGUGUACUUGUAAAUUUUUAUCUUCAGACAUUUUCUUGAUGCGGGAGAGUUGAAUUUGUUAGAUCUAAACUAAAUUUGUUUUAUUCUAAUGAAUUGCGGAGCGCAGGUUUUU